UCUAGAAUCUAGAGAUUAAUCAUUUAGAUUCUAGACCCAACUCCUUACUCCUAAGUAGUAAUAUUCCUAGAUCUAAUAAAAAAACUAAUUUGGCAUGGAAUUCUUGUGAACAGUAUCCCUGGGCCUGGAGUGAAUCUUUUUAUAUUUUUGCUUUUAGCCUCUAGAACUAGAUCUAGGCCUACCAAAUUUUUAAUUUUACUGCUUACAAACAAAACAUGAGCCAUUUAAAAUUUAGAUCUAGAUAUCUAGCUAGGUCUAGGCCUUAAAAGUUAAAAUAGUUUUAAAAUAGCCUAGGCCUAAUCAAAAUAGAUAAAUUGGCUUAGAAUAGGCCUAGAUCUAGAUCUAUAUAUCAAAUCUAGCUAGAUCUCUAGAAUCUAGGUUUUAGAUCUUUUUGCAGCAUCCUUGUGUUAUAUGUCCAUAUGAAUAGGCCUACUACUACUACUACUAGAAUCUAGAUUUCUAGAUCCAAGAACCAGAAGAAAUUAUUAACAUUAGGAGACUUAGCUCUUUUUAUAUUAUAUAUUUUUGCUUUAUGCAGAAAACAUGUGCUUGAAAAAUACAAUUGUACUGCUUUCCUGCUGCAGUUUCAUACUCUCUCAACUUACCGCAAAUGCAGAAGCCAAAAGUAAUUCUACAGGUGGUUUGGUUGAUAAACCUAGUAAUCAAGAAGGCCCAGAAAAUAUUACCAACAACAGUUCAAACCAGCCUCAACUAAGUAAAACAUUCAAGUUGUCUUCAAACAAAACAGCAAGAAGUUUAAAUCAUGUGCCAAGAUUUACCCCUGGAAAUGAAAGCCUUUGCUUUGUAGUUAGAUUUUUUUCCAGAAACAGUGAUGAUAAUUUCUUAAAAAUAAAUAGAUUGGAAAAUAUAAUGAGUACGCUAUCUCACUCUCAUGAGGAAAAAAGUCAUUUGAGAGACCCAAGCCAAAACCUAGAUAAUCAUAAUCAGGAACAUGUUGAAGAAAAUGACAGUCAUCACAAUGAAAUCCCUGCUAUGCUGAUAAGAAACACCACUACAGAUAACUAUGUUAGCCUAUCUGAUCCUGGCAACUUUUCCAGGAACACAAACAACAGUAAGAAACACCACAUAGAAGAGGAUGCAUCAUCUGUUAUGAUGCCAUUACUUCGUGGCAGUAAUAUACAAAUCUCAGAUGCAACCACUUGCGAUAGUUUGAAACAAGCUUUUCAUAAACCUGAAGAUCGCAAGUGCCUUUCAAUCGAGGAGCUUUUGAGCCUGUUUAGAUUUGAAAACUUGAAGAGUUUCAGUCAGAAUGAGUUUCUACAGCUGUGUCCUGCAAUAUUUGACCAGGUUGAAUCUGGCUACUGUGGUGACUCACAUGCCCAUGAGGGUGACUCACAUGCCCAUAAUGGUGAAUCCCAUGCCCAUAAUGGUGACUCACAUGCCAAUAAUGGUGACUCACAUGCCCAUGAGGGUGACUCACAUGCCCAUAAUGGUGACUCACAUGCCAAUAAUGGUGAAUCCCAUGCCCAUGAUGGUGACCCACAUCUUCAUGAGGGUACCUCGCAUCUCCAUGAUGGUGGUGACACACAUACCCAUGAUGGUGACUCUCACUCAGAGGAAGUAGCAUCACCAAAAGCAUGGGGCUGCACAAUGUUGUCUGUGUGUCUUCUAAGUAUUUGCAGUGUUGCCGGAGCUGUGGUGAUACCAAAUAUGAAGAAAGUCUUCUACAACCAUGUACUGCAGUUCUUGGUUGCUGUUGCAGUGGGUGCAAUGUGUGGGGAUGCCAUGCUACAUUUGUUGCCACAUGCUCUGAUGUCAGAAUCCCACCAUGCCAGCCACCACCACACCUUCCCAGAAACCAACAACAGGGGAUCAAACUACAACAGAUUGCCCGUCUUAUACAAGGGCUUAGUUGCGUUGGUUGGAAUCUAUCUGUUCUUCUUCAUGGAACGCCUGCUCACCAUUCUCACUAAGCGUCACAGUACAAAGAAAAGUAUGAAGAAUAAGAUCAAGAAAAGAUCUGAAGGAUGUGAUGGCAGUUCAACCAUGAUGACAAGACUAGACACCAUAAAAGAUGAACUACCUAUUUACCCAUCAUGUGAUGAUGUUGUCAUGGUUGUUCAUCCCAAUAAAGCACUGAAGGAAUAUGCUGACGCCAGCCACGAGGCACAUCUACACAGCUGUGACGAGUCUUUGAACCCUUCAGCCUCAGGUCAUGAUGUGACCGCUGUGACUAGCCGCACUGAUGUGUGUAUGUUGGUACCCAGUGCGAAAAGGAAACAGUGUAGGGUCGAAUUACCUGACUCUGAAACUGAUCCAGAGAUAAAAGUGAGUGAGACGUUUCCUGUCAAUCAUGCACACAGCCACUUAAACGUGAGCUCUAGGACCUGUAUCAACUCUGUUGUCCUGAUAGUAAUCAUUGGAGACAUGAUCCACAACAUGUGUGAUGGUUUGGUCAUUGGCACAGCUUUUGGUGGCAGCAUUGCUGGUGGAAUCAGCACCUCGCUGGCUGUGUUUUGUCAUGAGCUACCACAUGAGAUAGGUGACUUUGCAGUUCUUGUGAGAUCCGGACUUACCAUUAGAAAAGCAAUGUUCUUCAAUUUUCUGGCUACCAUCCCCAAAUUUCUGGGGGCAGUUAUAGGGUUAACACUUGGCAGCCAGAGUUCAGCCUCGUUGUGGAUAUUUGCUAUGGCUGGGGGGAUGUUUCUUUAUGUUACACUUGUUGACCUGCUUCCUGAAAUGACAUUUGUGUACACCAAAAGUGGAGAGCCUUGGUUCCUACACCUCUUGCUUCAGGCCACUGGGAUAACUCUGGGGACAACUAUUGUGCUUAUCAUAAGUGUGUCAGAAGAAUCAUCACUAACAUCCUGAUUGGCUGAAAAAAUAGAAAAGGAAUUUUUAUUUUUGUGUUCCACUUUUCUGGUUCUUUUGUUAUAAUGCUUAACUGAGUUUAUUUUUUCUUUUGUAUAUUGCUCUUUUGGUUGUGGUUAUAUUAAAAUUUUCUUCUAUUCAUGUCAUUAUUUGUCUUAGCUACUUGAUAGAUAUGAAUCUUUUAGAAUUGGAUACUUUUGCCUAUGUGUUCCCAUGCUUUUAUUGUUAUGGCUGCAACAGGAAUGUCAUUUCAGUACUCUUUUCACUCCUUGAAUUUGCAUUAAACACAUAGUUUUAUUCGUUUAAAAUACAAUUUUUGCCUUAUGUUUCAUGGCAACCAUGACUAGUAUUUUUUUUUUUGAGCAUAUUCCAUGAAAGAAUUAUUUUUUUUUAAGUAUUUACUUAAAAUAUAUUGAUGUUAUGAAUGAAGAUAUGUUUUGGUAGGAAUUCCAGAAAGCCAAAAAAAAUCAAAAUUACAAAAGUACUCUAAAACUUGUUGGUAUUUGAUAACACAAUACAUUAUUUAUACUUUCUUAAGCCAGAUUUUGUGCCCUUUUGUUGGUCAAAUGUAUCUGGAUAAUGUUUCAUCUUAUUUAAUUAUUUUUUGUUUCUAGUCAACAUUUAUAUUUCUUUUAUUAUAGACUGCCAUACAGAUAUAAUCUUUUUUCAUUAUUUAAACAACACAUUGAGGGGAGAAUUUUAAAAUGUUUUUUUUUUCAAAUAUCAGAGAUUUAAAAAAUUAUUUUUGCUAUUUUUUUAAUUCAGAAUACUGUUGUAAUAUAGUAGUUUUGUAUUUAAAAUACUAAUUUUCAUGAAUAAACAUGUUGAAUUAUUUAUAAUUUUUAAAAAGUUGAGACAUAAAAUAUUUUUUUAUAUGUGCUUUAUGCAAUCAGCGAGUGUCCAGCAUACUAUAAGAGUAGGAUUGGUAGAUACAGCAUUUUUUUUAAACAUCAGUAAUCAAAUUACAAGGACAAGAUUUUACAUUAUUAGUGGAUAUAAAAAAGUGAUAUUUUUAGUUCAUCAUCUUAAUUAUCUUUUUAAUGUUAAAAUGAACACAGGUCUAGAUUUUCAAUUAUUAGUGGGUAUUAAAAAAUUCAAUAUUUUUAGUUCUUAAUAAAUUCAAAUAAAUAAUGCAAUCAAUAUCAGCUUAUAGGUGGUAAAAAGUUCAUUUGUGAAUGGACAGGCUCAUUAAAUAAAUCCUGUUGUAUUUGUUAGAAUUGCUGUAUGUUGUUAGCAUUGAAACGAAACUAUAUUUUUAAUGUUUUGAAUUUCAACAUUCCGCAUGCUUAAACGAAGAGCUUUACAUGACCAAUUUUCCAAAUAGAUUUAAGCUAUACAAUAAUUGUCCCAGUGAUCAAUUUAUAAUUUACUUAAUUUUGUUUACUAUGUAAACUGUGGUAUUAAACACUGAUGUUUGUCAGGAUUCCAAUCUGCAAACUUAAAUAAGUUCAAACAAAAUUGAUCAAAUAAUUAUUUUGCCAAAUUGCAAAUUUUUGUUAAUUUAUUUGCUUUCUAGCAAGUUAUUUAAUAUGAACGAAAAAGAAAAUACGAAACUAUUUUAUCAUCUAAUGUAGUAAACUCCAGACAUCUUUGUUGAUGAAAAUGUCUUCCAUAGUUAUUGCUAGAUCUAUGCAGUCCUAUUACUUAAUGUUUUUAAGUUUUCAGAAUAGUCAAGUUCUAUGCAUUUUUAUAUAAUUAUGUUGCACUUGUUUUGAUUUAAGAGUUUUGAAUUCCAUUUAUUUUUAAAUGAUUUUUGCCAUAUUAGCAAAUGGUUAGAAAAUAGACAAUCAGUAUUUCUGAAAUGUGUUUCACUAUUGAAACCGUCAGACUUAUUUAAAUUUUUUGCCAUUACUUUAUUACACUCAUCCAAAAAAGUCUCAUUUUACGUAUAUUCCAAUAUUUAUUAUGUUUUUUUAAUCAAAUUAAAUAUUUGAAAUGUUUAAGCUUUGCUUUAUUACUAUUACCUUUUAAAAUUACCACUGUAUUAGCAACACUGAAAAAUUUCUAACCAUUGCUUUUUUACUGUGUAAUUAUAUAAUUGUUUUAGUCAUUUAUGUGAUAAGUAAUUAAUGUUACUGCUUGUUAAUUGUUCACAAAUGAUGUUGAUGUUCAGUGAUGGAAGGCCUAUAGAUUAAUCCCUAGCUUUGAAUUGAAGAUCAAGCAUUUUAAACUAAGCUUUUUAAAAAUUGGAUAAAAAAAAUUCAUCCAAAGCUUCAUAAUGAAACUAAAAUACAUUUCAAAAUAUAUAUUAAAAUUGGAAAGAAACAUUUCAGUGUUUGCUUGAAAAUAUUCUUGUGGAUUUUUUUAAGUUACGUAAUUUUCAGCUGUAAAAAAUGCUGUAUCCUUUUUUUUUUAUUUAAAUAAGAAAUAUAUAUUAAUUAUCAUUUCUUUAUCUUAUUUGAAACCAUUCACGUAAGUAUUUUAUGUUUUUUAUCUAUAACUUUAUUACUUGUGACCAAUCCUUGUCUAAAAUGUGGUUAAUAAUUAGCCAUUGUUUUUUGUAACAUUUUUAUUUUUAAAUCAAAUAUCAAAAUUAUGAAAACUUUUAAAAACGUAUACUAUUUGCUUACGGUUAUCUGUCCAAAGUUUACAAAAUGUUAAAAUCAAACUAUUUUUCCUGGUUCUAUUUAUCUAAAUUAUAUUUUUUUGAACUGAUAUUAAAAAGUUGCAACAACGUUUAUUCUGUCAUCAAGUUCAACAUGCUUGUGGUUCUUUGUCUCAGAUUGCAAGAAAUUUUGUUGAAACUAUUUUUUUAACCUGCCUGAUAUUCCAUUAGAAGAACAAUUCCAACGAAAGCUUUACAGAAUCUCAUUAUAUUGCUAUUCCAAAUGCUCUUUUUUUGUCAUAAAAUGUUGAUGGGAUUUUGUGGUGUUAGUAAUUAAUAAUUAUUACCUCUUUGUUGUUAUAAUGUUGUUUUUUUUAAGAGUACUUAAUCAUUUCCUUUGUUGUUAUAUUGCUUAUUAUUUUUCAAACAUUUUCUGUUGAAAU